GACGUUUGACGUCUGUCAAAAUAAAAAAUAAAACUAACCUUAAAAUUGUAACAGAAAUGAAAUGAAAUUCUUAUUUUCUCGUAGAGUUUUUGUAAAGACUCAAAUUUGAUUAAAAAAUAAAAUAGAACAUGUAAUAACCUCACAAUAAUGACUUUCUUGCAAGAUACAAUAGUUGUGUUACUUUCCCAGGUAACUUUUUUCGUGGGAGCAUGGAUAUUUUUCGUAAAACAAUUAUUCAAAGACUAUGAAGUCCGACACAUAAUGGUACAAUUAAUUUUCUCAAUCACAUUGACAUUAUCAUGUACAAUGUUUGAACUAAUUAUUUUUGAAAUUUUAGAACUAUUGGAGGCAAGCUCUCGCUAUUUCUACUGGUGCCUAAUGCUGUAUUUAUUAUUGUUUGUGGUAAUUGUUUUAAACCCAUUUUACAUUGCCUACUACUGUAUUAGUAACACCCCAUAUGUUAAGCCUGAUUAUAUAAAGCAUUUAACCAUAUUAGUAUGGAUAAUAUUUAUAGUAAUUUUCUGGAAAUUUGGUGACCCAUUCCCAAUUCUAAGCCCCAAACAGGGGGUCUUAUCAAUGGAACAGUUAGUUUCACGAAUUGGGGUUAUAGGGGUGACUGUUAUGGCGCUCCUUUCUGGAUUUGGGGCUGUUAACUAUCCAUACACAUCAAUGGCAUACUUUAUUAGAGACGUUUCUCUUACUGAUGUAAUGAAUAUUGAGAAAAGACUAAUGCAAGCAAUGGACAUGAUAGUUAUUAAAAAGAAACGCAUAGCUAUUGCAAAAAGACAAUCUCUUGAAAAAAUCAACGAAGGGAUGAGUAGAAGAACUGGCUUAUGGAGUAUGAUAUAUCCUAGUGGUAACAACAGAAACCAAGAAAGUAGGUAUAGUCAAAAUCAGUUCUGUAGAUCACUUGUAAUUAAUCUAUUUUUAGAUAUAGCACAACUGAAGCUGGAAAUAGCAGGCCUUGAAGAAUUAAGUAGGCAAUUGUUUUUAGAAGCACAUGAAAAUCGUAAUAUGUUUGAAAGAAUUGAAUGGUCAAAAACAUGGAAAGGAAUCUAUUUUAAUUUUUUAGGAUACAUAUUUUCAGUUUAUUGUACUUGGAAAAUUUUUAUAUGUACAAUUAAUAUAGUUUUUGACAGAGUCGGAAAAAAGGAUCCUGUAACACGAGGUAUUGAAAUUGCCAUACACUGGAUGGGAUUCAAUUUUGAUGUAAAUUUCUGGUCCCAACAAGUUUCGUUUUAUUUAGUUGGUUGUAUUGUUGUUACAUCAAUUCGAGGUUUACUACUAACUUUGACAAAAUUUUUUAACAGAAUGUCUUCAAGCAAAAGUUCCAACAUUAUUGUGCUUAUUUUAGCUCAAAUAAUGGGCAUGUAUUUUGUAUCGUCAGUUCUUUUAAUGAGAAUGAAUAUGCCACCACAAUACAGAACUAUCAUUACUCAAGUUUUAGGGGAUUUACAAUUUAAUUUCUAUCAUCGUUGGUUUGACGUGAUAUUUUUAGUAAGUGCGUUGGGCAGUAUUGUUACGCUUUAUUUGGCCCACAAACAACCUGUGCAUGAAAAUUUAUAACUUUACUAUUUAAGUUUAAUCUUGUGAUAAUGGAAAUAGAUAAUAAUUAAAAUUAUGUUAAUGUUUAUUGAUUGAACAAAAACUUUAGACCUAUUGAUUAUAGAUUUGUUACAUACUUAAACUAUUUAUUUCCCAGAAGCGAACUUAGAUAAUCCUUCUAAAAGACCAAUGUAUGCUGAAUGCUCAUAAGCUGAGCUAAAAUCGGACAAUUUUCCCACAAAUUCGUUCGAGAUUCCUUUUUCUUCUAAGUAGUUAAGGAUAAGAUCAUAUAAGUGCUGAAAAUUGUUAACCAAUAAUUAAUAAUAAAUUGUUUAUAAUGGGUCA